AUGUCAGUGUUUUCUUUUAGAUUAAAAUGUAAUUCCAAUAUUUUUCUAUUUAGAUAUCAUGCCAAUAUUUUUCAGUGUUCCCUUUUCACGCUACUUCAUUUUUAUUUACAAAAAACGUAAAAAGCUCUAGAAAAGUGACAUUUCUAUGAUGUUUUACAUAGUAUCAGCUGGCUACAUAUGAGCAAGUGAAUUCUAAUUAUUGUCUAUAUUCUUCGAAUUAAAGUUUUUUGUUUUAUGAGUAUUAUUAUAACUGUCAUUGUGGUGUGGUGUCAAGAGUUGUUAGCAUUAUUGUCAUUUUUUGUUCUGCUGAUAGUAUGGUGCAUAUUUUUUUAAAAAAGAAGGGGGGAUGGGCAAAAUAUUUUUUAAAUAAAAAUUUUACUAUACCCCUUCACUUUCCUUUUACUCCUCCUCAAAGCCAAAAUCACCCCUAAAAAGCGUCAAAAAAGUCUUGUCGUUUUCGCCCCUAAAACCCUCUGCAAAACGACGACAAAACUUUUAUAACUAUCUUAUACCCUAUAGUAUGACCGAUAUUGUAAUCGUGGUUGCGAAUCAAUGUUGUAGUACACCGUUUUUCAUUUUUUCACCAUUAUUUUGAUUUUGAAUCGUAUCACCGUGUCGUAAAUCCAUAUUUUGUUUCGUGAUCUCUAGGCCGCGCUACUGGAGUAUGCGUAGUAGUCGGGUUUUACUACUAAGAUAUUUAUAGUAGUAAGAUUGUAGUACUAUGAUGUCUAUAGUACUAAGCUUUUAGUACUAUAAUAUCCAUAGUACUGAGAUCCCAGUACUAUGAUAUAUAUAGUACCAAUAUCCUAGUACUAUAAAAACCAUAGUACUAAGACCUUACUACUACAGUACCCAUAGCACAAUGGUCUAUCCAAAACCCCCAUAAGCAACGUUAAUAUCCAACACUACUUUCAGUAAUUCGAAGCGGGUCGAACAACAAAACACCUCCAGAUUCCAAGACUGCCACCAAAUCGACCGGUCGUACCAUCGAAGAAUCGCCCAAAUCCAAGAAUUCUACCCAUCUUUCCAGAGCCAGUACCAAAGUCUCGGACAGUACGAGCUCGCCACGCACUAAAAACACGCGAAGUAGUAGUAUCGGCUACAGUAGUUCACCUCGAAGCGGCUACAGAAGUGGCUCCAAAAGUGCACGAAGCUACAGUGUUUCGAAGGAUUCUAUCGCCGAAGCUCCCGAAGCUAGUAAAAAGUUGAAGAGGCUUGACGAUCGUCUACAACAACAUCAAGAUCACCUAAAACAACAUAAAGAACAUCACGAGGUAUCUAGUGCAACAUCGCAGACAGGUGAAUACAUUAAUAGCCGGCCUGAAAACGAAGUUAAAGGUCGCCUCGAAACCGAAGUCAAUCUAAAACACGCAAAGUCAGGUGAUAUACCGUCGGAAAACCACCCUCAACCGACGUCCCAAAGUCAUAGUGCACACGCCACGCCGUACAACAAUCAGACGGCCGGAGGGUUCGGAGCGUUGUUCCGCGAGACCAAAGGACACAUCAGCAACAUCCUCGAUUCGGUCACACAAGGAUUAUUUACUAACCGAGUGAGUUAUAUGUUCGUCAACUGGAUUUUGAAAUUUUUGUAAAAUUUGGUUUAGGCUGGGGUAUUUAAAGGCAAAUAUUGGGGGGGUAAGGUACAAGCCGGUUAGUUUAAAAUUAGGGUAGGAGUAAACGUAUGGCGGAUAUUUCAAAACUUAUAAAAACCUUCCGACCGUUCCUAACCCACAAAUUGCAGUUCUUCGGAGGUGCUGUAGACCAAAUACCGACGUUGGAAAGUUGUUCGUCCGCUUUCGAACCAGCCACACUAGAUCGACCAGGGUUCGGUUCACCAUUCCGUAGAAUGAAUGCUUCUACUUCACAAAACUCUAACGGUGGAGAUGCGUUUUACGAUGUAGAAUUCAACGAUACAAGAUGUCGUCUACUAAAGCGAUAUGGUAGUGUUAGGGUCAUUGGUUCUGGCGCGCAGGGUCUUGUAUUGUAAGUUUGAUAAUGUUAAACCUGAAGUAGAACUUACUAUAAUGUAUCAACAUUAAAGUAAAUUUUAUUUUGGUACUCAAAAAAAGUUUUGCCGCAAAUUAACAUUUAUUGUAAUGAUAAAAAAGGACAAAACUUUGUUGAAGCCCUAAUAAGUAUUCAAUUUUUCUAAAGUUAAAUGUAAAAUACGAUGAAAGCUACUGUUCUCCCAAAUGAAAACGUUAAUGUAAAACCUUAUUUUAGAGGAGCAUACGAUAAUGUAACGUGUAGCACGGUGGCUAUCAAGAAGCUGACUAGGCCCUUUUCUAACGUUACCCAUGCCAAACGAGCAUAUCGAGAAUUUGCGUUACUGAACCUUGUUAACCAUCGAAAUGUAAGCUAAUUUUACUCUUAUAUUAGCCAUGUUUAGAUUAUUCAAAAUGCCUAUAUUAUGGCCAAAUAUUAGGUAACAAACUUAAUUUAGUGUCCAAAACUCAGGUACCUAAUAAGCCUACCAUAAGCUGAAAGUUAAGUAAUAAAAAUGGUAAUAUAGUCCUCCUUUUAGACAAUUAAUCCCUUCACAUGAACCACCUAACUAUCAAAAAUAUAUACCUAACAUCAUCAUGUUGUUCAAAAAAUUAUAAGCCCCUCCCGAAGCAACUUUCAAGAGUUAGGAGGCACAUAACUAUUUAAACUAACUAAUAAUGUUAACCUAGUAUAAAUUUAGAUAAUUAAACUCCUCAACGCCUACACGCCCCAACAAAACCUGGAGACGUUCUGUGACUUGUAUUUGGUAAUGGAGCAUAUGGAUGCCAACUUGAAUCAGGUGAUUCAGAUGGACUUGGACCACGAACGAAUGUCCUACUUGCUUUACCAGAUGUUGUGUGGUAUCAACCAUCUGCACAAGGCUGGAAUCAUUCAUAGGGUAUGUUAAUAAUCGGUUUUGUUUUUAAUUAUCUGCCUUCUCUUAUAUACUGUAGAUAUGAUAGUGCUAUAACCUCACUAAUAUGAGUACCACAGUACUAGGAUUUUAGUAUUAUGGACUUUAUAGUAUUAGAAUUUUAGUACUAUAGACAUCAUAUUGAACAUAGCCUCCCUUUUACUAUAUUACCUAUGCCUUUCAGGACCUAAAGCCCAGCAACAUCGUAGUCAACCUAAAAUGCGAGCUCAAAAUCCUCGACUUUGGACUAGCCAGAAACACCGGCGACACCGCCAUGAUGACCCCCUACGUUGUCACUCGCUACUACCGCGCUCCAGAAGUCAUCCUCGGAAUCGGCUACAGCGCCAACGUCGACGUCUGGUCGAUCGGCUGUAUCUUUGCGGAACUCAUCCGAGGUCGCGUACUAUUCCCAGGUACUGAUCACAUCGACCAAUGGACCAAAAUUGUCGAAGUUGUCGGCACUCCUGGCCCCGAAUUUACUGGUCGAUUGCAAAACACAGUCCGAACGUACGUCGAGAAUCGACCACGAUACGAAGCCAGGCCAUGGAAGGUGCUGUUCCCUGAUAAUGUCUUCCCAGAGACGGUGGAGCCAAGGUUGUCAGCUUCGUGUGCUAGAGAAUUGUUGGCCAAGAUGUUGAUUAUUGAUCCGAAUUAUCGUAUCACCGUUGAACAAGCUCUACAACAUCCGUAUGUUCAUCUGUGGUAUGAUGCUGAGGAGGUGGAAGCCCCACCUUCCGGCCGCUACGAUUCGGCUGUGGAAUCUGGAGAACAUACGGUUGAUGAUUGGAAAAGUGAGUUGAAGCUUUCUUUGGUUAAUAUCCUACUUUUUGUGGUUAAUAUCCUGCAGUUGAAACCUAAAUUUAAAAAAACACCAAAAAAACUUACUAUAAUAUCGAAAUUUCGCAGCUUCCUUGGGUUUAUCCGUAUUAUCCAUGUUUUAAUCGAUGUAUUUUAAAAAUUAAAGUAAAUAAAAUGAUUCCAGCGUUAAUCUACAACGAGAUCAAAGAAUACGAAGGUCUUCACGAUAUUUACGGUGGUGCAGGGCCAGAAAACGACCUGCGUAAAGUACAAAGAGGUGAGUUGUUACCUAAACUUCUAAAAAAAAUAAAUUAUGAAAAAUUUACCUGUUGUUGAUCAUGGUGAAUAGAAACGAUCAAUCAAGUCCAUUUCUCAGUAAAAGCAAAAUUUAAAUGACUAAAUUUGAACUUUUCCUCCUGAAACACCUAAAACUAUAUAUAACGAUACCUAAAAAUGAUUUUAAAGCCCAUUCACAAGUAAAACGCCUUCAGAAUUAACUAAAAUCAAACAAAAAACAAAGACAUACCUUAACAAACUCCAUUUUCAGCUCCAACAGCCACAGCCGAGCAAAUGGAGUUCGAAUGA